AUGCUGGACUGGCAAGAACCACUUGAUGAUCUCGUUUGCUCCAUGAAUGCAACCUGCCGGUCGUUGCCAAAUGCAAAGGCUCACAAUGACAUGCAGCAAUCCCGCGCACUUCUACAACAAAAUGGCGACACGUUUCAACUCUUGGUGCACUAUGUCUUUGCAACCGCCGGAACAGAGUUCCCCGGUGAGGUCCAAAACAAACGCUUGAACCUCGAAUUCUUCAUCCAAGAAGCGGUGUUCAAGUCGCCUCUAUCGGUGCAGUUCUAUUUCACGGUCUCAGGACAUCUCCCAUCCCCGGAUGUGUAUUUUCAUUCCAUUGGGGCGGCCAAGCAUCGAUAUCGAGAUUACGUGAUUCCCGGGCAUUUUCCAAAUGUGCAUAUCUCGUUUCGUGAGCAAAGUUCUACGGACCUUUGUCAACAUGGUCGAUGGUUGGACUCUGCGAACCUCACGAUAGGGCCGACGAGCUUUGUGCUCUUUCUCAACGAUGGCGUUCGUGGACCUUUUGUUUCUGGCGAUUAUGCCCACAAAGUUUCGCAAUCGUCGUUUCGCUCCGCGAGCGUGUAUAGCGGUAGUGCUGCUGCUGCUGAAGUUCCUGUCUGGUUUCUGCCCUUCCUCGGCAAAUUCGCUGCGAACCAAGCCACGACGUUGGUCGGACCAAUCUUGAGUGCGGAAGCAGGCGCCCAUGUACAGAGCUACGCCAUGACGAUGCGGUUGCGGUCCAACUCUUUGGUUCGAACCGUGUCGGAUAUUUUGCAGAGGACGUGCGACUUGCCCAAGCUACUUGCAGUAAUCGAGGGAGAAAUGGCUGUUUCCAAACUCAUGUUGAGAAACGGUUGGUCGCUCGGAAGUCUCUAUCCUUCCACGAACAAUGUGACCGCGUGGCAUGAUGUUUGCGCGGCAUUCGGUCAAAGCAUAAGCCUCCCUUACAAUCCACCUACGUGUACUCCAUCACGGCCAGACAAGAUGAGUAUGAUCGCCGGGUCGAGAGAGUGCCGUUCGCACGUGUCCAUUGGAUACGAAGCACUCUACAGGAAGCAAAACCCAACGCUCCUCUUUGAAGGACAUCCGUCCAGCCUUGUGUUUACAAAGUUCGGAGGAGAAGUCUUACGAACAAGAGUGUUGCCAACGAACUUGUUGAAGAAUGUGGAAGAGCUGACGAGGGAGAUGCUGGGGAACCGUACUUGGACGCCGCAUCCAGUGGAACACGAUGAACGAGGCAUACAAAACAAGUUCCGAGAGACGCGAUCUCCACUAUGGGAUAGGUGGCUUCACGCAGUUGUCAUGGAGAAUGAAAUAGGUGGAGCGGCCUACUGUCGGCGGAUUCAAGACGACUGGGCCAAGUUGGAAUGGAUGAAGGCCCAAGUAGAUUCCCGAAAGAGCGGCUCCUGGCGUGCUGACGAAACGCGUUUUGAUAAUACUGACAUGGCCCACGAUGUCUUGUCAACACUGAAAAUCAAGGAUCCGCUCCGCAAAGGGAGAAGGACGACAUUUUAUUUGACCCCACACCCACUGCUUUACCUGCUCGGCAAGUGCCCAGAGCGUCAACUCGGCCACUUUGGAAUCACAAAAAGUGGACUUGCUUCUAGCUGA